AUGCUAGAUUUGCCGACGGCUCAAUCAGACGGAGAAGCAUCAAGACGACGCGAAUCACACGACGAUCAGGGACCAACCAACAUGUUUGACCCUUCGGAGGGAUACAGCGAACUGAAACGAAGAGAAUUUAACGAUGAGCAAGACAAGAAAGAAUUGGGUUUUGAUGACUGGUCGAACAGCCCUACAACAGUUGCCGACAGUUACCCUGGGCUGAGCAUGCAGGAUAAGAAAAAUUUUGCGCUGCUUGUUACGUUAUAUCUUCUCCAAGGAAUUCCUGUGGGCUUAGCAUCCGGAUCGAUCCCUUUCCUCCUCAAAUCCAAGCUUUCUUACGGUCAAAUAGGAAUAUUUUCACUGGCUUCCUAUCCCUAUUCCUUGAAACUUUUAUGGUCGCCUAUUGUAGAUGCGACAUAUUCUAAAAAAAUUGGAAGAAGAAAGAGUUGGAUCAUUCCUAUUCAGAUAAUGAUGGGAAGUUUGCUCUUCUGGCUUGGAUUGCACAUUGAUGAAAUGUUUACGAAUAAACCGGACAUUCCUACUUUGACAUUCUUGUUCUUUACCUUGAUUUUUCUUUCCGCUACACAAGACGUCGCAGUAGACGGUUGGGCUCUCACAUUGUUAUCGAAGCCAAAUCUAUCAUACGCUUCUACCGCGCAAACGGUUGGGUUAAACACAGGAUAUUUCUUGUCGUUUACCGUGCUUUUGGCAUUUCAUUCUGCUGAGUUCAGAAGUGAACCGAGGGAUGAGGGAAUACUGCAGCUGGGAUCAUAUUUGACAUUCUGGGCAUUUAUGUAUUUUGCAGUUACGAUAUGGCUUAUAUUUGGCAAAGAUGAAGAACACAUUCAGCAUGACGACGAUAUGAUGGACGUCAAAUCUGUUUAUACAACAAUAUGGAAUAUCUGCAAACUACCUCAUAUGAAGAAUUUCAUUUUGGUCAUGCUUUUAGCCAAGAUCGGAUUUAUAGCUAAUGAAACUGUGACUGGUCUGAAACUCCUUGAGAAAGGAUUCAACAGAGAAGACUUGGCCCUUACUGUCUUGAUAGAUUUUCCUUUUCAGAUAAUAUUCGGUUAUUAUGCAGCCAAAUGGAGUAGUGGUCCACAACCUCUUAAUCCAUGGCUAAAGGCAUUUUAUGGAAGAUUGGCGUUUGCUGUUACCGGAAUGUUAGUUGUAUUGGCAUUUCCAAGGGAUGGGGUUGUGUCAACUGGAUACUUCCUUCUCGUAAUCGCUAGUACUGUGUUCAAUUCGUUCAUGAGCACUGUGCAAUUUGUCAGUAUAUCUGCAUUCUUUACUACAAUUGCUGAUCCAGUCAUUGGAGGAACUUACAUGACUCUAUUGGCUACCUUCAGCAAUUUUGGUGGAACUUGGCCAAGAUUUUUCGUGCUGGGUGCGGUUGAUUACUUUACAGAUGCAACGUGCUCAGUAUUGGAUGGAAAUAGCGCAGUAUUGAACUGUGUCGGUGAACAGGAAAAAGUAUUAUGCGCAUUGGCGCUGUUUGGUUUUAUAAGGCAGGAGGUCAAAACUUUGCAAAGAUUGGAAAUAAAGAAAUGGGGUCUAUAUAGUCAUCGUUCUAGAAGAGGAAGUUAA